CUGGAUGAUUUAUGUAAUGUUUUGUUAUCAUUACGACUGUUCUGGUUCAUUCAUUUUCUCCGAGUUUUUAUCCCUUUAAGAUUUAAAAAGGACCAUAAUACCACUCCUAAGAAACUCUUGUCACGGAAGGUCAAUCAACUCUAUGGGACGAUAUGGAUAAUAAUAAUAGCCUUCCCUACGGCGCAAUUUCUUCAAUAAAUAGUCAACAUAACUUAUUACCAAACCAAAGAUUCCAUACUCCACCACARAAUACUUUAGCUGGCAAUGAUCUUCAAGAUCCAAUUGCAGUAGCAAGGAAUGUUCAUCAGAUAGGUUCUGUUCCAAGGGACAGGGUYAGGUUCACGUACAGUCAACAAGAGAAUGGAAGGAACUCSUURUCUGGAAGUGAUAGACUUCAUUUAMCAUUUCCAAAUCAGGGAAUCAACGGAGUGACUGGAAUGACAGAAUUAUCAACCUCUUCUACAGGCUCUCCUAAUUCAUUAAUUAAUCAUCAAGCUAUCAAUGAUCCAUUAUUAAACUCUAAUGAAUCAAAUAUUGGAACUGGGACUGGAAAUGUUUUUGGUGUUAAUAGAUAUUUCCAAACACCAUGGUCUAUGAAUGGAAUUACUCAUGCYGAAAGACCAAACACAAAUUCAUACAGGCCUCUAGAACAUGCGACUGGUAGACCUAUGUCACAGCUGCCCACAUUGACAGAACAAAAUCCAAUACAGUCUGGAAGCUGUUCCASUCAUACAGCAAUAUCAAAAGGGUUCRUUAAUCAAAACUCUAAGAAGCAUUUAGGAAUCAAACGGAGAGUCAGUAGAGAUGAGUCAGAAGAUGGACUUCCAAGGCCAGCAUCCAAACUCUUGCUUACUGAAGAAAAAAUGGCAGCUAAGAUGCAUAAUUUAUCAAUAAAUAAUGACCAUUGUUAUCAUAUCACUUGUCUGCCGACACAACUGGCUAUAAUGGAAUCCAAUAGUAUAUCCCCUACUAUGUCAGAGAGUGUUAGUGAAGAUGAAGUCAAAGAGGAUGACAACAACAAUAUGGAAAGCGCAAAUUCAUCAGGGUUCGUUCUAGCACCAGGUAUAAAGGAGAUGCUUUCAAAGAGUAAUAAUAUAUUGCCACAGUCCAUAUUAGAUCAAAUGUCAAAGCCAUGUCUGGCUGUUAUUCCAUGGAAACCUCCAGAUGAGUUGGUCACAAAUAUAUCCUUCAACUUCAGCAACAAAACUGAUGAUGAAAAGAUGGCAGAGAAAGAUAGUAAAGAAAAUAAUAAUGAUAAAGCGCAUCAGCUUUUCACUUUUGGAAACUAUAGUGUUGAUCACACAGAAGUGAUAGAUGAUUGUAGUACCUUUGACUUGGAUGACGAUGACAUGGACCUAUAGUGUUGUUAAAGAAUCAAAUUAUUCCUUGGAUAAUUUAUUGAUGACUGUACAAACUAGAUGUGUUUGAAUAAAUGCCUGUAAUUGAGCUUGUUGUACAAGUCCCCCUAGYUUACAGUUCAAUUUAUUCUUGUGGUGCAUGUUAUCAUAGCUGCCAUGUGGUUGACAAUGAAAAAGAAUUCCUAGUUAGAUCAACCAACAUGGUGGCUGUUUCAUUAUACCUUGAGAUGUUGAGUCACAAGGUUGCACUCCAAGAAUUCCUGGCUUUCAUAGCUGCCAUCUUGGAUGGAUAGAGCAGUUUUUGUAUGAGUGAGAAAUGAUAAACUACAGUCAUACUUCAUCAAGAUCAUUAUGUAAAUAUUGCUUCAUACUACUACUUCUACUUAUUAACUAGUUUUCUAGUUUGACUAGAUUGAUUUAACUAAAAAUAAAUAUGUACUGUAAUUUGAUUUAUGAAUUCGUAAAUUAUGACCCAUUAAACAAAAGUAGUUAGAUCCAAAA